AUGAAAUAGUCUUGGGUGGUAGUAGUGGAAAUUAUGGAAGCAACAAUAAUGGAAGUAGCAAUAAUGGAAGUGAUAAUAACGAAGGUAGCAGUAAUGGAGUUAGCAAUAAUGGAGGUGGCAAUAACAGAGGUGGCAAUAAUGGAGAUGGCAAUAAUGGAUAUUACAGUAAAAGAGAUGGCAAUAAUAGGGUGGAAAAAAUACUAGUAGUUCAGCAUGUUCUGGAGAUAAAGCUUAGAGCAAUUACU